AUGCAGGUUGAUUAUAUGGUGUAUCAAGGUGAAGAUCUAUCAAACAUUCUCUAUAGGUUUGAUGAGUCUGACUUUGCACUCUCCCAAUUUGAGGGACUCCACGUGGACACCUCUGAUUUGCUCGAUGAGGAAAGCCAAAUUACUCCCAACUCCAUCUUAGAAGAUCCAUUAGAAUGCAGAGGCUCAUCUUGCUCAAAUAAUGGCAUGGGCAAUUCUGGUAUUUCACAUGAUGCCCGUAUGGUGAAAAAUAAUAAGAAGAAAAACAGUGGGUUUUUCCCUGGACUCGUUCUUUCGUUGAGCAAUAGGAGAAAGGGAGCCCCUCAAAGAUCUCCUCUUUCUUGA